GCCGCAUCGAGCGCACCGCGGCCGCACGUCAUCCAGUUGUCAGCCGGCUGCCGCACACGGUGGUCGCGUCGCAGUCGAAUCGAGUACCGUGCGCGGAGUUCUCACGAUGGCCCUGCUGCGCCGCCUGGCCACGAACGCGCCCCGGGGCCUCCGGGCGUUCUCCUCGUCGCCCCGGACCACCGACGAUCUCGACCUCACCUUCAACAGCCCCCGCGACGCUUUCAAGAGCAAGAAAACCAGCGAACUGGUGCGGGCGUACCUCGUCUACCAGAUAUGCUCGAUCAACUGGAUCGUCGAGAACAACGACAUGCUGAUGAAGCGGCUGCGCCAGGUGGUUGGCCAGCGGCUGUUCGAGGCCAUCAUGAAGGCCACCUUCUACGGACAGUUCGUCGCCGGUGAGGACCAGAACAAGAUCCGACCCACCAUUGAGAGGCUGCGCUCGUUCGGAGUGAAGUCCAUCUUGGAUUACUCCGUGGAGGAGGACUUGUCGCAGGAGGAGGCGGAGAAGAGAGAAGUCAGCGCGUCGAUCUCGGCGUGCGGCGACGCGGCGGAGGAGGGUCAGCUGCGGCAGUACCACGUGGAGCAGCGCUUCGCCGACCGCCGCUACAAGGUCACCAGCGCGCGCACCUACUUCUACCUCAACGAGGCCUCCUGCGAGAAGAACAUGGAGCACUUCUUGCGCAGCAUCGAAGCCGUCGCCGGUAUCACCAAGAGCACGGGUCUGAUGGCCAUCAAACUCACCGCUUUAGGAAGGCCCCAGUUACUUCUCCAGCUGUCAGAGGUGAUAAUGCGCGCGCGCAACUACAUGCAGCAGAUCGCGGGCGGUACCGGCAACGUCCUCACGCAUCACAAAACCAUCGAGGACUUCCAGCGGUACUUCGGUGACCACGGCAACAAGCCCGAGGUGCAGGAGUUCAUGCGCAAGAUCACCUCGGACAAGGAGGGCGUGCUGCACAUAUUCCCGUGGGACCGCAUCGUGCAUCUGUUCCCGUGGUCCAACAUCCUGGACAAGGACAUGAACCUGUCGGACUCGUUCCGAGUGCCCGACCCUAAGACCGGCCAGAUGCGGCGCCUCAUCUCCCAGAUCUCGCCCAAGGAGGAGGAGAUGUUCCGCAACAUGCUGCGCCGCCUCAACCACAUCAUCACGCUGGCCAAGGACGCCGACGUGCGCGUCAUGGUCGACGCCGAGCAGACCUACUUCCAGCCCGCCAUCUCCCGCAUCUGCCUCGAGAUGAUGAGGAGAUACAACAAGGACAAGUUCGUGGUGUUCAACACGUACCAGACGUACCUGCGCAGCACCUACCAGGAGAUCCUGACCGACCUGGAGCAGGCGCAGCGGCAGAACUUCUACUGGGGCGCCAAACUCGUGCGCGGCGCAUACCUCGAGCAGGAGCGUGCGCGUGCGGCCGCCAUGGGCUACGAGGACCCCACCUGCGAGAGCGUGGCCGCCACCACCGCCUCCUUCCACCGCUGCCUCGCAGAGAUCCUGGGCCGCGUGCAGGCGCAGGGCAAGGAGCCGCGGCUGGGCAUCAUGGUGGCCUCGCACAACGAGGACACGGUGCGCUACGCCAUCCAGCUGAUGAAGGAGCGCGGCAUCGGGCCCGGGGACAAGGUCGUCUGCUUCGGCCAGCUGCUCGGCAUGUGCGACCACAUCACCUUCCCGCUGGGUCAGGCGGGCUACUCGGCAUACAAGUACGUGCCGUACGGUCCGGUGGAGGAGGUGCUGCCCUACCUGUCGCGGCGCGCCAACGAGAACCGCGGCUUCCUCGCCAAGAUCAAGAAGGAGAAGGGGCUGCUGCUGAAGGAGAUCGGGCGCCGGCUGUUCAGCGGCCAGCUGUUCUACAAGCCGGAGGGUCGCUACACGCCGGUGUAAGGCGGGGGAGCGGCGGCGCACUCGCAUCAUGUCCGCCAUCUUGUGAUACUUUCAGCGGGAAACUAAACUUAAUUAGGAACGUAAUCCGCUUGUAGUUUGCCGGCAGUGAGUUUCCCCGCGGCCCAAAGUGUCCCGGAAACUGAAACCGAUAGGAAUUUACAAGGAGCUAGUCUUUAUUUUGAUUAAUUAAUUUCAAACGUAUAGAAAUAUUUGUGAUCUAAUGACGGUUUGUGAUUUAAACCGUUUUUUAACAUUGUGACAAAAUAUAAAGUUAAUAAAUAGGCGAUAUAGUAAAAGUGCAUCGGUUUGAUUGUAAACAUGAUACAACUCCGCGCUUUAUUACUUAAUGGACAUGUUUGAAGUGAACAUUUGGUUUUCUUUUAUGAUUUACACACACGUACAAGUGUCGCUGUCUCUAUUCAGUAUUACAAUUUACGCAGACUAUUCUAUUCUAUAUAAUUACGUAUGAAACGAUCUUUGAGUAUUCAAAAUUCUCAAAAAACUUCUACAAGUACAGUUUCUUACAAAAGUUGUUUAUUUUAUUAUAUAAAAAUGAAAACCAUUUGAAUUAUUUAUUUUAGAAAUUAAUUUAGAUAUAUUAUUGUUGGUAUUACAUAUUUAUUAAAUUGAAGCGGGAAUUUCAUGAGAAUUAAAUGAUACAAUGAAGCAAUAAAAAUGUUCGUAUGACAUGUUCGUAUUAAAAUGCAUUAUUUAUUUAGAAUUUGGUGUAACAUUUGUGAAGGCGACAGUACGCACGGCCACCAUUCAUAACCAUUGACUCUUGGACUAGGAAUUUAAACACAUCUGAGAAAAGGAAGGAGAAAACAGAUUGUAAUAGAGAGAGAGAGAGAGAGAGAGAGAGAAAGAGUUAAGUAAGAUGACAGUCAAUGUUUGAUUGUGUGAGGUGUGCGUGUGUGUGUGUGUGUGUCGCAGAGUGAAGCUGUGUGCUCAGUGUUCACCAAACAAUGUACUCUGCAUUGCAUUUCUCUGUU